AUGUCAGAUGAGGCGAGGAGGGAUGACACAGAGGAGCCCAGACCAAGGCGGCAGCCUCGAGGUUUGCUGCCACCAGGGUUGGUCGACGUCUUGGGUCCGCCCCUGAAAGUUGGUGCCAUGACUGGUACCAUCGGUGUGUUCAGUGGCAUUGCCGCCGGCAUUAUCCGGGACUCCACACCAGCUCUGUUCGCGGUAGCAUCUGGUAUCCAGUGGUUCGCCCUCGGCUCAAGUUACUGGCUCUCGAGAUCUGUGGUGAUGGCCGCGUGGGGCGGCGAAGAGAAGCUCUCCAACUCAUCCAAGAUUCAAGCAAGUGCCCUUGCGGGAGGCACGGCAGGAAUGGUCGGAGGACUGAUUCGUGGCCCGAAAAACAUUAUCCCCGGAGUCAUCGUGUUCUCCCUCAUCGGCGGAACGGGCCAGGCCUUUGUGAACGCAUCGCAAGGAAGACCCGAGGUCACGGAAAAGAGGAAGAGCAUCUUCGAAUCAAGUUGGAGCCCCCUGAAGAAGCUUUCAGACGACGACUACCGCGACAUGAUUGAUGAAAAGAUGCUCAGGAUAGACGCCGAGAUUGCUCUCAUUGACGAAAAGAUUGUAGAGCUUCGCGCGGCAAAAGCAGCAGCUCCUCAGCCGCCCCCAAAUGACGCACCGCAACCACCAGAUGCUCGAUAG